UCAGCCUUGCAACAGAGCCUCGGCAUUCGGAACCUCUCCCCCAGGUUCAGCUAUGGCGUGGGUGCUGGUCCUGGCGUUCUACAGUGGGGCACUGGCCCCCACGAGCGCACUGGACGCUAUGGGCCCCCACGCGGCAGUCCGCCUGGCGGAGCUGCUGACCCCGGAGGAGUGCAGCCACUUCCGAUCGCUCCUCGAGGCGCCAGAGCCUGACUUGGACACCGAGCUGGCCAGGCUAUCAGAGGACCGACUGGCGCGGCCCAAGCCGCCCACACCCUCGCUUCGGGUGCAGGGCCGGGUGGGGCAACAGCGGCGGGCCGCAGCCUUGCAGCCUUCAGAGGGGCCUGAGGACCGAUCUGCCGACGCUAGAGAGGUCUCUGAUGGCUGCCGAGAGGCGUUGGCGUCCUGGUUGGCGGCCGAGGCCCCAGCCCUGUCCUGGGACCGCGUGGCCCGGGCCUUACGGCACAGCGGCCGCCCCGAUGUGGCACGGGAGCUGGCCAAGAACCUGCACCAGCAGGCGACGUUACAGCUGCGCAGGUCGGGCGAGAGCUACGUGCAGCCACCUGUGGUCCCCGCCCUGGCCCCGGCCCCGGCCCCGGCCCCGCGCGACCGCCGAGCUGCGGUCCCCUUGCCCGCCUGGGAUGAGCUGGAGCUGAUCGUGGAGCGCCUGCCUCAGCCCCCUUACACGCGCAGUCCAGCAGCCUGGGCCGGACCGCUGGCGCUCGGCCUCCUCGCCGGCUUCCUGGGCGCGCUAGGCACCGGGUUGCUCAUCACGGUGCUCACACUGUGGAUCACGGGAGGCGAUGAUGACCCCGUGUGGCCUCGUGCCCGAGGCCCUCCCGCCUUCUCCCUGCCCAAGCCAGCUUCGGCGCCCUGCAGCGGCUCGGAAGCAGAGCAGCUCCUGACCGGGGCAUGGGCGCUGCAGCGGCCCUCGCCCCUCUGCCCGCCGCUGUGA